CAACGUGGCCCAACCUAGGCUCAUUCCACCUUUGGCCAAUCCCGAACAAGGUGAUCUCAACCCCAACUCCGCAAACAGAAAGAAGCGUCACCAGCAUCUCCUGCUUUGUCAGGACUUGUCACAGUCUCUUCACCAUCGGCAGCGAACAGGUUGCAGGGCGAAAGCAAGAGCACUACCAGGAGUAACUUGUGCUGACCAUUCGAGCAAAGUUUGCACCAAAGAAGCCAGGCAAAUUGAGAAAGGCUGGCCAAAAUUUGGACUUCGCGCCACGCCCCGCACAUCUGCCCCAGAAAAUCUACCGAGCAUGGCGUCCAUUCAGCCUGACGCCGCUGGGACAAGAGGUCACCUCACGAGCUCCCAGACUCGCGCCCUCUACCGGCUGUGGCAGCGCUUCUUUCGGCUAUGUGAGGUACCUGCAGGAGGCCUGAGCGCCUCUUCCUCCUCGACAACGAGCUAUUCACAGCAGAGCAAUGGCGGGAGAAACGGUGCGGGACUGCCUACUGUCCACUCCUCGGCCUCAAAUUCGGGCGAGAAGCUGCCGGGCUCCACCUCUGGACCCGGUGGUACCAGCAGUCGGGCCUCUGAACGCGAACACAGGCUCGCAGCGUCGGCUUCUUCUCCAGCAGUUGGGAAGAUGGGUCCUCGGCUUCAGCGGAUGCCUUCUGGCAGAACGAUUGAUGAGCGUGGCUCCCAUAUCCCGAAAGACGACCGAGUCAAGGACGAGCUCAAGACGAUUGAGGAGGCCAAGGAGAUGCGCAUGUUUUUGGAAAAGUACGGCGGUGCAAAGCUCCGCGAGAUAUUCUGGGACAUGGUCAAGGGCGAGCAUCCUGAUGCACUUAUGCUUCGCUUCCUGAGGGCACGAAAAUGGAAUGUUGAUCGAGCCGUAGCUGUUAUUGGAAGCACCGCCGCCUUUCGAGCCGACAAUGAUGUCGAGGGAAUCCUCCGAGAGGGUGAAAAGCCGCUGGUCAAAACACGAGGAGGCCGAAACAUCCUCGAGAACGGCAUUGCCUACGUGUACGGCUCGACGCCGGCAGGAGAACCGAUCUGGUUCGUCGAAGUCGGCCGCCACUUCUCACACAACCAGACGCAAGAGGAGCUCAAGCGAGGCGUGAUCCUGAUGCAAGAGUGGAUGCAGCUUCUCAUGAUCCCACCGACAGAGAAGAAGGUCGUCAUCUUCAACAUGAACGAGUUCGGGAUACGGAAUAUGGACUGGUGGUGCGUCUUCUUCAUGGUCAAGACAAUGGAGAGCUACUACGUCGAAACGCUUGCAAGGGUCUAUGUGCAUGGCGCGCCGUGGAUCUUUAAGCCAAUCUGGGCCAUUCUUCGACCGCUCUUGGAUCCCGUCGUCCGCGACAAGAUCAGGCUCACGUCGCAACCCGAAGAGCUGGCCGAAGACAUCCCCCUUCAUCAUCUGCCCAAGGGCACGAUGCGAGGACAGAUGGACUGGGAAUAUCAGUUCCCGCCUCCCAUUCCACACGAAGACGACACACUCCUGGAAACGGAGAAGCGGGACCGGCUAAAGGCAGACUUUAUGUCGAUUGCCGAUCAAUUUGAAAGGUCGACAAAGGAGAUUGCAAGCUUGUACAUGGCCCAGGUUCUCAAACGCGGUUCGAGACAAGACUAUGAGGUCGACGGCGACGAGAUCGAUGCAGAGGCCAUGGAGCGUGACGAGGAGGAAGGGCGGCGGCGGGGCGCCUCAGCCCUGAACUCUGCAGCUGGCGCUUCUGCCUUGCCGAGGAGAGGAUCUGCUGUCACCACGGGAACUUCGACAACUUUCGAUGACGAAAACAUCGGCGCAGAGCUCAAAGCCAAGCGUGAUGUCAUGGCAACACGACUCCGAGUGGCUUGGCUGAAGCUGCGACCCCAUGUCGUGGGAACCACCAUCUACAAUCGUUGGGAUGCCGCACGAAGCGACGGCACGGUGCAAUGGCGCUACAGAGCCAUUGGCCAAGAUGACAGCGAGGAAGAAGUGCAAGAGUUGGGCGGUGGCACGUGCUUGAGCGCCCUGGAAGAGAAUCUCCGCCUGCUCGGGGAGGCUUCUCCUCUAGCAACAGGAGAAGGAGAAGAAGCCUACGGUGGUUCGGCAAGCGCCUCUGUCACAGCGGUGAAUGGUGGAGCAGCGAUGGCCGCCUCGAAGUCGGCCGGCACGGAAGAGGAAAAGUUGGCCGCCUCGAGAUUGACCGCAUCAGCGCGAAGGAGAGAAGCCAGACGGGGCCAGAGCUCGAGGCCGCAGACGAGCGAAGGCCUCUCUGGAGCUGCCGCUGACGGUGACGCUCGAGAUGAAGAUGCUCAGGCAACAGAGUCGGCACAGGCGCAAGAUGGUGAUGGCAAUGCACCAAUCGGCGAAGGGAGCAACGACACAGUCACGUCCGCUGACGUGGUUGCGCCGUCUGCUUCUGCUUCCUCGCCCCCGACGUCAAGCUCCACCCCUUCCUCUUCACCUCGCGCACCGUCGGUUCCGGAAAAAGACGACGCGACUGCCAAGGCGCUUCCUGUCCAUCCGCUGGAGCACCUUCAUAAGGACUGAUCUCGUGUGUUUUGUGUCACUCAUUGGCUUCGUUUCUGGGCGACGUGGAAGCAGAAUAGCAUUUGAUUGUGUUCAAGUGUCCGGGACAUUGAAAAGAAAGCAUUGAGGGAGAA